GGAAGGCCGAAUUGGCCCGAACCUAGUUGAACUGGUCCGUGGAACCCCCCAUAUAAAAGAGAAUCGCGAAUAGCGAGGCCCUUCCGAUUUCAACUUCACCAGAACUCAGUCGGCCGCAGAGUGUGAAACUGCAAACAGCGGCAGCUGAACAGUAGGAAAUGGGAAAGAAAACGAAGAAAGCUGGUAAGGGAAAAGAGAAAACGGAAAAGAAAACCGCAAAAGCCGAGGAAAAAAGGGCUCGCCGGGAGUCCAAGAAGCUCUCUCCCGAAGACGACAUCGAUGCAAUUUUGUUGAGCAUACAAAAAGAGGAGGCAAAAAAGAAGGAAGUGCAUGUAGAAGAUAAUGUCUCAGCCCCAUCUCCAAGAUCCAAUUGCUCUCUGACAGUCAAUCCGUUGAAAGACACAGAAUUAAUCCUCUAUGGAGGUGAAUUUUACAAUGGGAAAAGGACAUUUGUAUAUGGUGAUUUAUACCGGUAUGAUGUUGAAAAACAAGAGUGGAAAUUAAUCUCAAGCCCCAACAGUCCGCCUCCUCGAAGUGCUCAUCAGGCAACCGCCUGGAAAAAUUAUCUCUAUAUUUAUGGUGAAACAUUAGACCGAUCAAACUUGGGUUAUUGUACAAGAAAUGUGAAGGUAACAUUUUCUCUUUCCAUGCUAUCAGGUGGAGAAUUCACAUCUCCAAAUCAAGAGCGUUUUCACCACUACAAGGACUUUUGGGUGCUGGAUCUGAAAACAAACCAGUGGGAACAGUUGAACUAUAAAGGUUGUCCAAGUCCACGCUCAGGUCAUCGUAUGGUCCUGUACAAGCACAAGAUUGUUAUUUUUGGAGGCUUCUAUGACACUCUUAGGGAAGUAAGGUAUUUCAACGAUUUGCACGUAUUUGACCUGGAUCAGUUUAAGUGGCUAGAGAUAAAACCUAGACCAGGGUGCAUGUGGCCAAGUCCUCGAAGUGGUUUCCAGUUUGUUGUUCACCAAGAUGAGAUUUAUUUAUAUGGUGGUUAUUCAAAAGAACUCACAUCAUCCGAUAAAAAAGUAUCCGAGAAAGGAAUUGUUCAUUCAGACAUGUGGUGUCUUGAUCCUAGAACUUGGGAGUGGAAUAAGGUCAAGAAAAGUGGGAUGCCUCCUGGACCUCGUGCUGGUUUCUCAAUGGCUGUGCAUAAAAAGAGGGCCUUGCUCUUUGGUGGAGUGGUGGAUAUGGAAAUGGAAGGUGACCUAAUGAUGAGCUUGUUCUUGAAUGAGAUUUAUGGCUUCCAAUUAGACAAUCAUCGCUGGUAUCCAUUGGAACUGCGAAAGGAUAAGGUGACUAAGGAAAAGUUAAAGAAGGCUUCCGAUGGAAUGGGCAGCGAUAUGAAUCAUGAUAUCAGGAAACCAUUAAUGCAAAAUGCUGUUUCAUCUGAUGAUGAUGAAACUUCUGAUAAUGAUGACGCUGACAUAGACAAUGACAUAAAAGAUAUCUCUGUUAAUAUGAACAUAAAUGUAACAGUUACUGAUAGAGAGAAAGGUUCUGGAUCUGGCAAGAAAUUUGCAGUGCAAAAUUCUGUUCUACCAGAGAUAGUGAAACCUUGUGGGAGAAUCAAUUCUUGUAUGGCUGUUGGAAAAGAUACAUUAUAUAUUUAUGGGGGCAUGAUGGAAAUUAAAGAUCGUGAGAUUACACUUGACGAUCUUUAUGCUCUUAAUCUUAGCAAACUGGAUGAGUGGAAGUGCAUCAUUCAGGCAUCUGAAUCAGAGUGGAUUGAAGCAUCAGACAAUGAAGAUGAGGAUGAGGAUGAGGAUGAAGAUAAUAGUGAAGAUGAAGAGUCUGACACUGAAGAUGACAGUGGAGAUUCUGGUGAUGAUGAAGAUGACGGUUUUGAGGCUAAUGAAAUGGGGGAUGCUGUAGCAAUAAUAAAGGGAGAAGGGAAAAGCCUCCGGAGGAAGGAAAAACGAGGCAGGAUCGAGCAAAUUAGAGCCAGCCUCGGUCUUUCUGACUCACAAAGAACUCCACUGCCUGGGGAAACUCUACGAGAGUUCUACAAACGUACAAAUAUGUACUGGCAAAUGGCUGCAUAUGAACAUACACAACACACUGGAAAGGAACUUCGGAAAGAUGGAUUUGAUCUUGCUAAAACUAGGUACAAGGAACUCAAGCCGAUACUUGAUGAGUUGGCUAUCUUAGAGGCGGAACAAAAGAAAGAAGAGGAGGAAGCACCAGAAACUAGUGGACCAAGAAAGAAGGGCCACAAGAAGACGGGCAAACUAUCUGCAUCCAAGUGAAUGGUAAAAUUAGAUUGGGAUCAAGCUUUUGUUCUUUGUUUCUUCUUAUUUAUCUUCUGGAUUUGUUUUUAUAUAAGCCUCAAGUGUUUUGUCCAUGGUUGUCAAAAAACAUGCAUCACAUAUAUGGGGACUAUGAAGUACUCGAUAUAUAAUGUAGGAUUGAGGAUGCAUUGUGUAUUAUGUUUUGUCACAUUUACUGGACUUUAGAUAUUUCAGGUCUUGUAUUGAAGCAAUUUUACAAAUUGGAGUGAGCAUUCCAUGACAUUAACCAAUAUUUGUUCCUUUUCGG